CUUGUGUAAUUUAUUUAACAGUACACUCUCUGUUGUUAGCCUUUUUACUUGUAGUAGUCAAAGGAAGGUCGGUUCUCAAAGAAAGCUCCACGAGAAACAUAAACUGUUAAUAAUGGGUUAUUUCUGUAUUCUUCUCGCCUUUCUGAGUCUCCUAGUGUCUCAAUCUAUGGCCAGCGCUCUCUGUCCAAAUAAGGAGGAUCUCGCUCCGUGUACUUGUGAUGGUGAAGGUAUUAACUGUAUGUACGUUGUUGAUGAUGCUGAUCUUCAGCAAGUGUUUAAAGCCUCUUUCGAGCCUAACAGCUUUCGUGCUCUUUUUAUUCAAGGAACACCAGUAACAAUAAUUCCGAAAGGAUUAUUCAGUAGAAUCCGAGUUCAGGACUUUAUGUUAGAUGUCAAUAAAAUCAGCAUUGUGGAAUCUGGUGCUUUCGAAGGAUCAGAAAAUACUGCUAGAAUCAUUAGUUUCUAUGACAACCAGCUGAAAGAUUUUCCUUUUGGUGAUAUACAAAAAUUUCCUGGACUGUUAACAUUCAAUUUAGGGCUGAACAAACUGGCGUCAGUUCCAGAUUCAGCCUUUGGUCCUCAUCCCAACUUGAGAACCAUUAUUCUAGCUGAGAACGAGAUUACAAGUAUUGGCCGGGGUGCGUUCAGUGGACUGCCAAAAUUAUCUAAUGUAGAACUUGGUAGUAAUAAGAUUAGUACUCUCGGACCACAGUCUUUGGCUAUGACAGGACAUUCUGUUGGCUUGGCGAUUGUUCUCUCGAACAACAAGAUUGCCGAUAUCGCCCCAGAUGCACUCAGAGGAACCACUCCUGCAUAUUUGGCAUUAAACGAAAACAAUUUAGAGUUUCUAGACAAAGACGUUUUUCUUCCGCUAAUGAAAGAUAUGACAAAAGUUCAGAACGCACAAAUCAGGUUUAAGGGAAACCCCUUCAGCUGUAUUGGCUGUAACAAGUAUCAGUGGUUGGUGGAGAACAAAGAGACCGUGAUGAAACUCCUAACAGAUUUUCUGUGUGUAGAUGGAAGAACUUUAGUUGAUCUUGAAACAACUGAUGUUGGCUGUCCAGCGUUUCUCUAAACUUUUACGCUGUUUGGUUAAUUUUCCAUGAAAUGUUUUUAUUUGUUUCUUUCUUUAAUUAAAAGUUCUUCAUU